AUGAGUGAAUUUUUGAUUUUACCAGGACCAAAAGCUUUAUCUUCAUUUAGAGUUCAAAAUUUAUUAUCAGAACUUGGAAUAGAAGCUGAAAUAGCUAAUCAAUAUACCCAUUAUGUAUCAUUGAAGAAACAGUUAAAUGAAAAACAAUUGAAAUUAUUAAAAAUUUUAUUAACUUAUGAUGCAUAUGAUGAUAGUGAUAUUAGUCAAGAAUUGGUUAAAGCAUCAUUGGGAGAAACUCCAAAAGGUAAAUUAAUACAGAUAUUACCAAGACCAGGAACUAUUUCUCCGUGGAGUUCAAAAGCUACUGAUAUUUCAAAUAUUUGUGGAUUAGGUGAAUAUGUUGAAAGAAUUGAAAGAGGUUUAAGUUUAUUAAUUAAAACUGAUAAAGAAAUACCACCAGAGAAAUUAUCAGUUUUUGAUAGAAUGACUCAAUCUAUUUAUACUCAUCCAACUUAUGAAGAUUUAUUUGCACAUCAUCAACCAAAACCAUUGAUUACAAUCGAAGAUAUUCCAAAGGCUAAUAAAGAAUUAGGUUUAGCAUUAGAUCAAGGUGAAAUUGAUUAUUUAACAAAUGCAUUUACUAAUGUUAUUGGUAGACACCCAACUGAUGUUGAAUUGUUCAUGUUUGCUCAAGUUAAUUCGGAACAUUGUCGUCAUAAAAUUUUUAAUGCUGAUUGGACUAUUGAUGGUGAAAAGAAAGAGCUUUCAUUAUUUAAAAUGAUUAGAAAUACUCAUGCUAAAAAUCCACAAUAUACGAUUUCUGCUUAUUCCGAUAAUGCAGCAGUUUUUGAUGGUCCUGAAGGUUAUGUCUUUACCCCAGAUUUUUCAACAAAAGAAUGGAUUUCAAUUAAGGAAUCAGUUCAAACAUUAGUUAAAGUGGAAACUCAUAAUCAUCCAACUGCAGUUUCUCCAUUUGCAGGUGCUGCAACAGGUUCAGGUGGUGAAAUUAGAGACGAAGGUGCUGUUGGUAGAGGGUCAAAAUCAAAAGCUGGUUUAUCUGGAUUUUCGGUUUCUGAUUUAAAUAUUCCGACAUUAAAACAACCUUGGGAAAUAGAUAUUGGGAAGCCAAAUCAUAUUGCAUCAUCAUUAGAUAUAAUGAUAGAAGCUCCAAUUGGUUCAGCUGCUUUUAACAAUGAAUUUGGUAGACCUGCAAUUAAUGGUUAUUUUAGAACUUUAUUAACCGAAGUUGAUGGUGAAUAUAGAGGUUUUCAUAAACCAAUUAUGUUAGCUGGUGGUAUGGGUGCAAUAAGACCUGAAUUGGCUUUGAAAAAUACAAAAAUUACUCCUGGUGCAAAAUUAAUUGUUUUAGGUGGUCAAUCUAUGUUAAUUGGUUUAGGUGGUGGUGCAGCAUCAUCAAUUUCAUCAGGUGAGGGAUCUGCAGAUUUAGAUUUUGCAUCUGUUCAAAGAGGUAAUCCAGAAUUACAAAGAAGAGCUCAAGAAGUUAUAAAUGCUUGUGUUUCAUUAGGUAAAGAUACUCCAAUUCAAUCAAUACAUGAUGUUGGUGCAGGUGGUUUAUCAAAUGCCUUACCAGAAUUAGUGCAUGAUAAUGAUUUGGGUGCAAAAUUUGAAUUAAGAUCAAUUUUAUCAUUAGAACCUGGAAUGUCACCAAUGGAAAUCUGGUGUAAUGAAUCACAAGAAAGAUAUGUAUUGGGUGUAGCACCUGAAAAUUUGGAAUUAUUUAAAUCAAUUUGUGAAAGAGAAAGAGCUCCGUUUGCAGUUGUUGGUGAAGUAACAAAAGAACAAAGAUUAAUAUUGACAGAUUCUUUAUUAAAUACAACACCAAUAGAUUUGGAAAUGUCUGUUUUAUUUGGUAAGCCUCCAAAAAUGUCAAGAAAUGCAACUACUAAAAAUUUAAAUUUGAAACCAUUAAAAUUUGAAAAUAAUUUAUCAGAUGCAAUUUCAAGAGUUUUACAAUUACCAGUUGUUGGUUCUAAAAACUUUUUAAUUACUAUUGGUGAUAGAUUUAUUACAGGUUUAGUUGAUCGUGAUCAAAUGGUUGGUCCAUGGCAAGUUCCAGUUGCUGAUGUUGGUGUUACUGCAACAUCUCUUGGUGAAACAAUUUUAAAAACAGGGGAAGCUAUGGCAAUGGGUGAAAAACCGACAUUAGCAUUAAUAUCAGCUGAGGCAUCUGCUAAAAUGUGUGUUGCUGAAUCAUUAUUGAAUAUUUUUGCAGCUGAUAUUCCAUCACUUGAACAUGUUAAAUUAUCAGCAAAUUGGAUGUCAGCUGCUUCACAUCCAGGUGAAGGUGCUAAAUUAUAUGAAGCUGUACAAGCUAUUGGUUUAGAUUUAUGUCCAGAUUUGGGUAUUUCAAUUCCAGUUGGUAAAGAUUCAAUGUCAAUGAAAAUGAAGUGGAAUAAUAAAGAAGUCACUGCGCCUUUAGCUUUAACAAUUACUUCAUUUGCACCAGUUGAUAAUACUUCAAAUACUUGGACCCCUCAAUUACAAAAGGAUGGUAUUUUAGUUCUUGUUGAAUUGGAUAAAUCUAAAUCAUUGGGUGGUUCGGCAUUAGCUCAAGUUUAUAAACAAGUUGGUGAUAAAUGUCCAACCGUACAUUCAAAUAAAGUUUUGAAAUCAUUUUUACAAUCAUUAGUUGUAUUACAUAAACAAUUUCCAGUACUUGCAUAUCAUGAUAGAUCCGAAGGUGGGUUAAUAACUACUGUUUUGGAAAUGGCUUUUGCAGGAAGAUGUGGAGUUGAUUUGCAUAUUUCAGGUGAUGACUUAUUUACAGAGUUAUUUAAUGAAGAAUUGGGUGCUGUUUUCCAAAUCAAAGAAGCAGAUUAUGAAAGAUUUGUCGAAAUUUUCAAACAAAAUGGUGUUGAAGAAUCAUUAAUUAGAGUUAUUGGUAAACCUAGUGAUAAAAUUGACAUUACAUUUGAUAAUUCAAAAGUUUAUUCAUCUACACGUGGUGAAUUACAACAAUUAUGGAGUAAUACAUCAUAUCAUAUUCAAAAAUUAAGAGAUAAUCCAAGUACAUCACAAGAAGAAUAUGAGGCUAUCUUGGAUGACAACGAUCCAGGUUUACAAUACAACCUUACGUUUGAACCAAAUGAUUUUAAAUCAUAUAAAUCAAAACCAAAAGUUGCAAUUCUUAGAGAACAAGGUGUUAAUUCACAACAAGAAAUGGCUUGGUCAUUCCAACAAGCUGGGUUUGCACCUUAUGAUGUUACAAUGAGUGAUAUUUUAUCUGGUGAAGUUUCAUUAUCUGAUUUUGUUGGUUUUGCAGCUUGUGGUGGUUUUUCAUAUGGUGAUGUAUUAGGUGCUGGUGCUGGUUGGGCAAAAUCUGUUUUAUUCAAUGAAAAAGCAAGAACCGAAUUUAAAAAUUUCUUUGAAAGAGAUGACACAUUUGCAUUUGGAGCUUGUAAUGGUUGUCAAUUCCUUAGUCAAAUUAAUGAAUUAAUACCAGGUACUGAAGAUUGGCCAAAAUUUGAAAGAAAUAAGUCCGAACAAUAUGAAGCAAGAUUUGUUCAAGUUCAAGUUUCUGAAACUAACUCAAUAUUUUUGAAUUCAAUGAAAAAUUCAACUUUACCAAUAGCUGUUGCUCAUGGAGAAGGUAGAGCUGAUUUUGGUAAUAAAGAAAUUAAAAAUGAAGGUGUUAUUCAUUAUGUUGAUAAUUAUGGUAAUAAAACUAUGAAAUAUCCAUUUAAUCCAAAUGGUGCUUAUAAUGCAAUUGCUGGUGUAUCAAGUAAGAAUGGUAGAGUUUUAGCAAUGAUGCCACAUCCCGAAAGAGUCACCAGAAAGGAAUCAAAUUCUUGGUAUCCGGUGAAACAAGGUGGAAAAUGGGGUGGUUAUGGUCCAUGGAUCGAAUUAUUCAAAAAUGCAAGAUCAUGGGUUGGUGAUAUAUAA